AUGGCCGUCGAAGACCGUGGGCCCCAGUUGAUGGUGGUCUGCAUCACGCUGUUGACGAUUGCCAUUAUUUCCAUGUUCUUGAGAAUCAUCACUAGACUGUUCAUUGUCAAGGGGCUCGGUAGAGAUGAUUAUUUGAUGGCUUGUGCUUCUAUUUCAUUCAUUCUUUUCGUCACUUGUGCCAUUACCGGCGUUCACUAUGGAACUGGAAGGCAUCACAGCGACCUUUCAGACGACGAUUUCGAAACAGCAAUGAAGUACUGGUGGCUCUGCUACAUUUGGUACUGCGUUUCCAUGAUUACCUCCAAGCUCUCUAUCGGUGUUUUCCUACUUCGCAUCACGGUUCAACGCAUUCACCACUACAUUCUUUACUUGGCCAUGUUCUGCUCGGUUCUCACCGGCCUCGUCUUUUUCUUUGUUACUCUGUUCCAGUGCCACCCCAUCACCUACUUCUGGGCCAAGGUUGGAAAGGAGGGAAGCUGUGUCGACGCGGGCAUCAUCGUCGCCCUGACGUACCUGUACAGCGUAGUCAGCAUGAUUGCCGACUUCACGUUUGCUCUCCUGCCGCUUCACAUGAUUCGCAGCCUACAAAUGAGCCAGAGGACAAAGUAUGCCCUCAUUCCAGUUUUGGGAAUGGGUUGCGUGGCUAGCAUCGCCGUCGUCGUUCGCUUUGCCUAUAUCGAGAAUUUCAAGGACCCCGACUUUCUCUGGGCAACCGUGGACAUUGCCAUUUGGUCUACCAUUGAACAGGGUCUUGCCAUCACAGCCGGUAGUCUUGCCUCUCUGCAACCCCUCGCCAAUACCCUGGGCCAAAAGAUGGGUAUCUGGGAUACGCAUGGCCGCACGGGUCGCAGCGCCAGCAACAUGCACGCCCGCACCUUUGGCAGCAACCAGCUAUCGCGCAAGAAGAACAGCCGGUCGGCCAAGGACUCGUACGGCAUGACAACGUUCGACAUUGACGACGCCGAGGAAGGGUCCGUCUACUCCCAGGGCCGUGACAGCGGCAACAAGGCCGUGCCAGGCAACAACCAGAUCGUCCUCACGCGCGAGGUCGACAUCACCACCAACUCCAAUACCGAGGCCGACAGCAACAACGCAAAGUCAUCGAAGCGUACCAGCCGCCUGUGGCCGGUGUCGGAACGCAAGUCCAACGAGAGCCAGGAGGAGCUCACGGGCAAGUCGCCGAAGGAUACAUAUAUCGAGGAGCUGGUGGUGCCGCGAAGCUUCCUCGCGGACGGGAAGUCAUCGCAAAAGUUUUGA